AUGAAAAAGCCGUAUGUAUAUAUAUACCCUUCUUGGGAACUAAAUAUAUUCAAAAAAUGCAACGAUACCAUAAAAAAAAUAAUAUUAAUUGUUAAUCUAUUUUUUGUCUUUGUUUUUAUAUGGAAUGAUUUUUCUUCACAUCACGUCAAAAAUAUAAGUACAUACGGAAUUAAUUAUGAAUUAUAUCAACACAAUAUUGAAACAAGAUAUGAAAGAAUAUUAACAGAACUUGUUGAACAUCCAUGGAAAAAAAAAAUUUCAUCAUUAGAUAAUACAAGACAAAAUAAUUUUUCUAAUUCAAAGGAUCAUGUUUCUAAUAAUCAAUCAACAGAAGAAAUAGAAAAGACAAAUGAAUUAAGUACCAAUUUAUCUAAACUUUGGAAUGAUAUGAUUAAAAACAUAGAAGAAGAAUAUAAUAAUAAUACUGAUCAUAUGGAUCAUAAAUGGAGAGAUGAUAUGUGGAAUAAUCAAUGGGGGAAAUAUCUAGAUGCAGCUUAUGAUAAUAUUAAUAAACACCUAAAAAAUUAUAAUACCUCUGAAAAUUAUAAAAAAGAUAUUACAAAUAAAUGGAUACAAUGGGCACGUGAAGAUAUUGAAGUUUUUGUAAAUGCAUUAAAAGAUGAAUGGUAUAAAAAUAAUAAUAAUCAAAAUGAAUGA